AUGUCUCCCUCUGAUUUUUAUUACAUUGACUCAAACAGAUUUUAUGAACCUUCGAGACCUUCUCCUAAACAAAAUCUCAUUGAAUUAUAUGGGUUGAAUAGCCUUGCACUAUCUGUUGCUCGUACAAACCCAGAUGGAACUAAAGGGGUGAAACUUAGAAAAUCUUACAAGUCCCAUAUUUCUGAUUUACCAGGGAAGCACACGAUAAUUGACACAGAGAAGGAUAUCAGCCCGGUAGUGUUUAGGCCAGUAUAUGAGAAUGACGCCAACGAUACCAGCAAAACAGAAAUCAAAACCCUUGACAUGAACUUCCUUUUGGAUAAGCUACGGUUUGAUAGAACUCCGGACUCAGGGAUUCCUAAUUUUGAUGUUGCCAAUUUGGCGGUUAGCGACUCAAGUACCUUGAAGAACGGAGGUAUUUCUAACGGUGAUAGCGAAGGUAAGAAAAGAAAGAAGAAAAGUACAGGAAAUGAUGAAGAUUCUAAACGUCGCAGAGUAGCUACUACUCCUUCGACUAGCUGA